UCCCAGCAAAAUAAUUCAUUUCAAAUGUGUUCCUUCAAUUGUAAUUAUUUAUAUGUGUGUGUGUGUGUGUUGUUUAUAUAUGUUUGUGUUGAAUGUUUUUAAUAAAUGGAGUCUCGUGAGUAUCAACAGUUGAUGUUUAAUUUAUUGGGCAAUAGGGAUUACGACAACUUUGAGAGUAACGAACUGGACAGUUUGAAGAAAAAAAUUGGAUAUGCUUUAUUCGGUCAUCCAAGCGAUGAGAAGGGUUAUGAUUCAAAUCAAAACGUCAGCAUAGAUAAACUAUUCGAGAUCAUACUCAAAGAAAGUAACGAAUUCUCCAAAUACAAGAACAGAGUCAUCGUUUCUUUCGUGUACAACUGCACAGAACCCUUGGAUCAAGACAAGCAAAAACGAGCAGCAAAGUACAAAGACUACGAUCCAAAGACAGAUGUCCAACCUCAGCCAGUGUUCAUACUCAGAAAAUGCAAAUACAGCCCUACCUCGUGCCGAAUCGUAAUAGACAAUCUGGGCAGGGUGUACAAGAGCUGGGAGGAAUAUUUGUGCAGAAACACCCUCCCGAAAUGCAACAUGGUGUACCCAAAAAAUGGUAGAUACACUGGAGAUGAAAAAGGAAACGUCGUAUUGGAGACGAUGCCGUCGCCCUCUUGUAAUUUAAGCGCUAAAGUUCUAGUUGGAACGGAUGUAGCGUCCACAGGAGUUGGAAUAGCUUCAGCAGGAGUAGCAAUUGCAGCCAGCAUUCCUACAGUGACUGUAGUCGGUCCUGUAGCUCUAGUCGGAGCAGGCGUUGUAGGUUUAGGUGUUGGUAUAUAUUCCAUUGGUAGAAGUAUAGGGUCACUGUACGAUAAACGUCGACAUAAAGAGAGUCUCUGUUUCUCCAACUCUGCAGCGCGUGCAGCUUAUAUAAAUAUAAUUGCUGGCGCAAUGGGUUUUAUUGGAGCUGGAACCAAUGUAGCUGUAUCCCAAUUAGCUUCUCGAGGAGUGAGCAUAGGAAAGGAGACUUCGAUACUGGUAAACGCAAUUUCUGCAGCCAACCUUGGUACCAGUGGAUUAGCAAUAUUGAAUUCGGGAUAUAAUGUGUUGGAACCCUGGAUGAAAGAAGGAAAACCACCGACAUUAUUGUCGUUGGUCCAACUAAGUUCAUCCAUACUAUUCUUUGGACAUGCUGUAUACAAUUUCAAGUCAGCAAGCGCUAUAGUAGAAGAUACGCAGAACAAAGUACUGAAAGAUAUACACGAAAAUUUGAAACACAACAGGAGUAGAAAAGCUUUCGAAAAACUGAGACACGAGGCUAUACGAAAAAAUAACGGAGACGUCCAAAGAGGCAAUGCCGACGUAAUAGCAACAAUGAGAAAAAUCAUCGACAAGGAUCAACUCUUAGAAAUCCUAUUAGGCUCUGAUACAGAUUUCGAGGACAUGGGACUAACCUGCACUUCUAAAUUAGAGGGACUGGUAAGCUUCAAUGGAGUCCAGAUCGACCUAAACGAAGUCAGCAGUUUACCGGACGGCAAGAUAGAGAACUUCUUCUCCCUCUCCAGAAGCUCGGAAGCUGCCACUCCUAGCAAUAUCUGUGAGAUAAAAGACAACAUAAAGAACAGUUUCAUAACGUUCAACUUGGAAGGAAGAGCUAUCUCCAAAAUAAGCAACUAUUUUGUUGGUAUGACUGGUUCUUUAACCUAUAUAGCUGGUCCUUUACUAGGCGUGGUCAAGGAAUUCCUUCAAGAAUAUUUAAUCAAAGACGAACAUCUACUAAAGGCAAUGAACGAACUGUUCCCAAAUUCCGACGAGAAAUCUUUGCAAAUCAUCAACACCGUUGCAGGCUUCAUAUACGAGGAAGCUAGAAAAAUAGAAAUGAUGUUCAAAAUAUCAGAUUCCGUAGAGGGUCGGAUCUUUAAAUCUUUAUUCAACUACGUUAGCAAAAUGGAUGAGAGGGAUAGAUUGAAGUAUUUCAUGAAAUUUGUAUGUGAAUCGUAUUAUCAAGGUGGCCAGCUCACCAAGGAAGGUUUGGACGAAUUGAAAAGAUAUUUUGCUAAGUUGAUGACCGAACAGAUGGUCCUUUACAGGGACAAGAAGAAUAGGAGAGACAACCGACUCAAGGAAGAGAGAAAGGUGGAGAGAGUAAAAUGCCCCAAUUGUCAUGGACUUCACUACUCUGUCGUCAAACCAGAGAAGUUGAAACCUGUCCAAGAAUUACUCCGAAAAUCUCCAAAAAAGUAAAUAGAAAUUAAUUUUACACAUAAUAUACUUUUUUCCCAGUAAGAUUUGUAAUAAAAUGAAAAACAUCUAUGCACUUAUAAUACUCAAUCGUUCUAGAUGUGUAUAUAUAUUACCUACAGACAGACUUAACACCUCUUGGAAAUAAUAAUUUAUUAAAUAAUUCAAAACUU